CUGACACAAAAUGUCCGACAGUUGCCAAAAAGAUGAAUACAGCCCGCCUAGUUGUAAAAAAGCAAAAAUUGACAAUGAAAACGUAAAUGAUGUGAGCGAAAAUAAGUUGCAAUUAAAAGACUUUGUUAUAGAGAAAAUUUUGUCCAAUAACACUAAUAGGAAAACUGUUUCUGUGACUGGUAAAUUUAAAGACAAAAGUGGCGUGGGUUUGAUCAUAUUUGAGAAAAAUGCAUUCAAAGAAGAGGAUUUAAGUGAGGAAGGUUAUUUUUGUUCGGAGACGGAGCUGCGGACGUUCUUCCAGAACGAUAUUUACGGGAAUUACGAGUGCUUCCCGCGCUCUGAACUAAACGGUGUCAAGACCACAAUAAUAUAUCCAGCUACAGAUAAGCACAUAGCAAAGUUUGUUCACAAAGAACUGCACAUUGUGUUAGAGACUCCAGAGCUCUACGAGACACUGACACUGCCUCAUAUUGAAAAGGAGCAGUUUAAUUUGCAGUGGGUGUACAACAUACUAGAAGGCAAGAGCGAGCAAGACAGAAUAGUCUAUGAUAAUAAGUGCGAGACUGAAGGUUUUGUGUUAGUUCCUGACUUGAAGUGGGACGGAUUAACCAAAGAGACAUUAUAUCUGCUUGCUAUUGUUAGACAAAGGGGUAUCAAGUCUAUCAGGGAACUGGAUGACACACAUUUGCCGUUGCUGAAAAGAAUUCGGGACGAGGGCAAGAAAAAGAUCCUAGAGAAAUACCAAAUCCAGGGCUCUCAGCUGCGCAUAUAUUUACACUAUCAGCCAUCUUUCUACCACUUACACGUGCAUUUCACGUAUUUACGGCACGAGGCGCCCGGUAUCUAUGCAGAGCGGUCGCAUCUACUUGAUACCGUCAUCAAUAAUAUUGAAAUCAUGAGCAAUUAUUAUAAAAAAGCUACCUUACCCUUCCCCAUCAGUGAGACAUGGUCCCUGUUUGGCAUAUAUGAAACUAAAUGGACACAUAAAGAGAGUGCAACCAAGCAUUGAGCUUAUUGAUAAAUAAAUUGUACAUACAGAUAUAUUUUUUAAGUGAAAAUGUUGAUUAAAAGUGUAUUGAUGGAGCUGCGGUCGCGGCUGCGCAGUUGUAACGUCUACAUUACCACUGGUGUGGAUUUUACGAAGGAAUGUAAUCUAAAAAUCAGUAUCAAGUCUAACCGUAUCAUACUUAAUUACUACAAUGAUUACAAGUCCAGCAGACGGGAUAGUCUAUCGUCUAUUGAGAGUCUGUCAGAUUGCUACUCCGAAGAGGAAUUUGAAGCCACGACUAUUAUCCCUAUAGUUGAGUUUUGUCAGAUUAUACCAAACUCAAUGUCGUGUCUUAAAAUCGACAAAAACACCAUAUCAUUUAGGAUCUUAACGGAACCAACCAAUGGUGGUAAUUUUUAUAAAGAAUUUAUAAGUGAAAAUUUAGAGGAUUCAGUUAAAUCUAGCGACGUGAAAGUUAACGUCAGAGUUGGCGAUGCGGUCAAAAUUAUAUGCUCAAACUGUUCAAACCUUAUCUCGGGAUGGUUGUGUGAAAUUCGAGAGGAUUUUGGAGUUGCCAUCCAAUAAUAUGGACAUGUCUGAAUGGUUUUGCCAUGGACAUAGCCACGGAUCACAAACAGAAGUAGUUUUGAAGUCUAACAAAUUAGAUUUUCUACACAGACUUACAUAUUUUGCAAUUAAUCCAUCAGUGUUAUCGGAGAAAACCAAUAAAUUCAACUCAAAAAGAGCAGUAUAUCAUUGCAAUAGAUGCCUGGCAUGGCUGGGCUUGA